GAGAGAGAGAGAGAGAGAGAGAGAGAGAGAGAGAGAGAGAGAGAGAGAGAGAGAGAGAGAAGUGCCACUGGAUGUAAUUGAUUGUCUUGCUAUCAAGAAUAACUUGUUAGUAAUAGUCAAUUCUGGCUGCUUUUGAGGCUGACUGUUUCCACUGAAGCAUCAGAGGUUGUCAGGCUGCUUCUCACUGAAGCUCAACCGUUAUCCAGGAGCUGAGGACAGCAGACGUGGCGUUUUUUAAAGAAAGACUUAAAGUUCUCCAACCCUGCGGCAAAAGCAACAACAUGCUGCUGAUCGGCUACAUCUAAUUCUACGGAUUUGGGGAUAUCUUCUCAUUCAAGUUGCUCUCAAUAGUUUUUAUAAACUGAGCCGUUCUGCAUUGCGCGAAAUCGAGAAAAAAAAAAGCAUAUUUUUAAAACAAGCUAAAAAGACAAAUAAUGACCUCCAAAGAAGACGCAAAAGGCGCCUCGGUUGAGGAUCGAAGGCGCAGUCCGUUGGACCAUCUUCCUCCCCCUGCUAACUCAAACAAGCCCCUCACUCCGUUCAGCAUAGAGGAUAUUUUAAACAAACCAUCAGUCAAACGAAGUUACACAAUUUGCGGCACGGCGCACCUGCUCUCGUCCGGUGAGAAGCACCCAUCCACGGGCCAUCCCCUCUCCAACCGCGCGCUGCUCACCCAGACAUCUCCACUGUGCGCCCUGGAGGAACUCGCCAGCAAAACCUUCAAGGGACUGGAAGUCAGUGUUCUACAAGCGGCAGAAGGAAGAGACGGCAUGACACUCUUCGGUCAGAGGAAUACCCCCAAAAAGCGGAGAAAGUCGAGAACAGCCUUUACCAAUCACCAAAUCUACGAACUGGAGAAAAGAUUUCUGUAUCAGAAAUAUCUUUCUCCUGCUGAUCGGGAUCAGAUCGCUCAGCAGCUCGGGCUCACCAAUGCUCAAGUCAUCACCUGGUUCCAGAACCGUCGAGCCAAACUCAAAAGAGACCUGGAGGAGAUGAAAGCGGACGUGGAGUCGGCCAAAUCAGUAGGCAAUGUACCUUAUGAGAAAUUAGCCAAACUAGCAGACCUAGAGAAAUGCGUUAAUGGCACUCUCGGAGAAUCAGGGGCCAAGUCUCCAACGCGGUCUAAUCACGAGCACGAAGGCACCAACAAACUCCACAUGUCACCAUCAUCACCAUUUACAGACCACACAACGAGCAAAGAGUGUUCCGAGGACGAAGACGAGGAAAUUGAUGUCGAUGACUGAUUUUCCUUGAACAGCAUCGGUAUUAUUUACCUUUUUUUCUGAGAUGGUCCUAGUUGAAAGUGCCAUUAAUGCACCAAAUGUAUUAAAUGACUUGUAUUAAAAGCAAAUAUAAAAAAAAGGAAAAAAACUAAAUCAAAGCAAGCAUGGGACAGUUUCUUCAGAUCUAUUUAUGCAGUGGCAGUAUUGUAAUCAUUUAGCCUAUUCGUUUAAACAGAUAGCUGAAGAGCAAUAAGUACAUUGAUAAUAUUUCAGUCAGAUAUAAACAGACAGACACACACACACACGUAUAGCACGAUCCCCAACGCAGAUUUUUUUUUUUUUUAUCAGGUUCUGACUACAUUGAAUGCAUGUUUUAUUUUGUUUCACGAAAUUAUUUUAGUUGAAACGGCUGCAGAUCAUAGGCCUAGAUAUCUCAAAAUAUCCCGAAAAUGAAUUCACACGCGCAGCCCCCCUGCGUGUCUCUAUUGUGCUUUUUGGUCUAUGACUAAAAUCGUUUGAUAAAAGAGUGUAUUAUAAAACAUUUCCUACAAAAGCUAUAUCACAGGAACAAAUCGACUUCUCUGAUUAAAUCUGGAUUGUCACAUUUUAAUAUAUUUCUUAUGGUUUGUAUGCCUGUAAGUGCCUUUUAAGCCAGGAAACCAUUUAAACCAAGUGUACAAAGUGUAAUGUAUUUAAAAUGAAAUAAAAAUGCCUUUCUCUAAA